UCAAAAUGGUGGAUGUCAAAACAAGGAAUAAAAUUAUUUUUUGGAAUUACGGAAAUUGUGAAAUAAAUACUGUCGAAUAGACAAUGAAAAAUGUUCUCAAUUAUAAAGAAAAUCAUUCCACAAAUCAGAGAAGUAUUGUCAUAUCAUCGGAAAUUCACACAUUUCCAGAAGAUCUUAAUUUCUUCAAUUUUAGUGGGUGUCUUGUUGUGUGUCUUCCGAAACCUAUGGUUUCUGUUUAUAACUUUAACCUACACAUGUGCUGUUUAUAUUUCUGUGACAUUGACCAAUUAUAUUUCAAGAAGUAGCUUGUGUUUUCCAUCAGAUAUUAUUCUUGAUUAUGUUGAAAAAGUUGUGGACUUUUUCAAUAAUUCGUUUUUUGUUGAAAGUCCACACUCGACUCAAAACAUAGUGCAUGAGAACAAAGAACGAAAUGAAACCUUAAAUGACAAAGGAAUUUCUCAAUCGACUGACUUCAAUACACAAAAAGAAAAGGUCCCGGGGCUAGCAGUCCAAGACACACUUACCAUUGAAGUAAACAAAGUGAUUUGUUUGAUUCAACGAGACUUCAUUUCUUCAUGGUUAAAACUUUUUACUGAAAAUGAGCAUUUGUAUCAGGAGUCUGAGACACAACUGCAUCAUAUUUUUCAAGGUCUUCAAGGAAGACUGUAUAAAUCUCAAGAUGAUUAUGUGAAACUGGUGAACGUAGUGAUGUUAAAAUACAAAGAACAUGUUCAUUGUCUUAAACAGUCAGAAAUGCUUUUUAAAGCUCAAACAAGAAGAAGAAAUAAAAGUUCUUCGUCAUCGCCAUCUGCCAGCAGUAGUACAUUUCAAUCCAUUUACAAAUCAAUUGAAGAGUGUUAUGCUUCUAAAAUUGACAUACAUCCGGCAGCAUUAGACAGAAAUUCAGAGCAAGCAUAUCUAAGAUCAGCUAUUGAGCUGGUAUUGUUGCAUCUUCUCCGAGAGGACAUGCAUGAUACAAAGGCUUUGUUUUGUGCCUUGAAGGAGAUGUUAAUGUAUAACCUGGUGCAAAACAUAAUUAACCUCUUGUCAGAUCCCACAUUUUUACAUGAAAAGAUUGUUGCAAUAACAUCUGAUGAAAUUCUGGACAUUACAUUAGAUGGGGAAACUUUGCCUGAAAUUAUUGUCUCAAGUUCUUCUAGUCACGAAAUUCAAUCAGAACAUCAAGCAUGUGUCCAAGAGAUACAUUCAACAACCCAGAGUGCACCUGACACAACAUUAAAGAGAAAUGUGCCUGAAACUUCAGAGGAUUUAAUCCAACAUAAUCAAGAUUUAGAAUCUAAUGAAAAGGAGUGCGUAAAGGAGUGCAAUACUUCGGAAUCUGAUAAAAACACUGAACAGACUGUUAAAUUACUGAAUGAAAAUUUACUAAACGAGGAAAGCAUUGGGGAAGAGGUGUCAACUGUUCAUUGGCUGCCAGAUACAGAAACUCAUGAAAUUUCAAAAUUUUGUGCAGAGUGCAAUAGACUUAAUUCAGAAGACAGAGAGAGGAUCGCCUCAAAACCUCACUCAUGUAAUUUAGGGACUUUGCCAUUUUUCUAUGACCCAAAUACAAAAGACCCUGAUAGAAUGUCUAUUAAUUCAUUUACCUCAGUUAUAAGUGGCUCUUCUAAUGAGGCUGAGAAUGAUGUUUUUAUGGAGAUGUUUGAAGAAACACAAUCAAGGCGUGUAAACUCUAUUAAAAGUUCAGAGAAACAAGAUUCAGAUCAAGAAAAGAUAGCUUAUUCUGAAACAAAUGACAUAAAUGCUGUAAGCACAAUAGAAAGUAGCAUAAAAGAUUGUCAUGCUGAUAAAGCUUACUCUAAUACUGGUCCAUUCAACCCAGGUACAGAUGCGCUUAGGGAUAGUUCACCUACCUCAGAAAGUGGUACAAAAAGGAAACGAUCAAGCCUUUUCGGUAUAAAUAGUAUCGGAUUUACUUUUCAAAAUCCAUUAAGCUCAUUACCUUUUUCAAGGAAAAAGUCAGUGACACCAGAGAAACAAGAAUCAUUGUUUCCCUCAAUUGAAAAUCAGAAAACACCUGUUACAGAGAGUGUUUGUACUUCUCAAAAUUUAGAAAGAUCUCAAUCUGUUGAGGACCUUGGAACUGAUCUACCUUCGCCCCUGGAUGGACCAAAGAUAUUUCAGGAUAUCUCAAUUCCAUCCACAGAGACUGCUAAAGACACUGGCGGUAUUGGCUUGGGUGGUGAAUAUACACUUUACUAUGUACAGUUUGAGGCACUUUAUCCGACUGAAGACAAUGAGCAUGUGUACAAGACUGGCACUGUGAAGCGACGGUACAGCGAGUUCAUUAACCUGCAGUUGAGGCUGGAAGACAACCCCAAGUACAGGAGAAGCAUGAAAGCCAUUAAAGGUCCAAAGAAGUUGCUUCCGUCCCUGCCAUUUGGAAAUAUGGGAAAAGACGCUGUUGAAAGUCGCAAAGAGCUCCUGGUCAACUUUUUGCAGUCACUGCUAAAGAGGCCAGACAUUUGCAAUGGAGAAGAGCUAAAACAGUUUCUGGGCUACAGCGGGGAUGGACACAUUGCCUUCGUAAGAAAAAUACCUGAAAACACUGGACCAAGGAUUGAUCAGCGCCUGGUCAAGACAAUGUCUGGAGUAUUUGACAAGAUAGUUGAGGGAUUACCCAGCCUUCCCCAGCCUUCCAAAGCUCUUCCCCGAAUUAUCUCCCCUUUUGAUCAGAGUGAUCAGAGGACUGAAGAGGAAAAAAUCAAUCUCACAGAGGACACUGAUGAGAUCAAAGUUGUCUACAGCUUUAUAGAGGGGGAAGACCAGGAUCCGGACCUGGAAGCCUUCAUUUCUGAGGUGUCAUUCGAAAACGUCACUGAAGGGGACAUAGAUGACACAACUUUAGGUGCCAGUGUUUUGACAUGGCAAGAUAAUCAGGGCCUUGAUUCGAGUCAAGUGAUAUCAUCUGACCAAUUAAAAAGACGUGAAUCAACUCACAUGUCUACAACUGACCAAUCACCAACAAGAUCAAGUGAUGAUAUGAUUUCCAAGGACCAAUCAACUGCCAGCACAUCAAAUCACCUGACAUCUCCAGACCAACUGGGAACAAGUUUAAAUUCUUUGUUUGCAACUGUACCCUCUUUAGAAACAAAUUUUCAAGUUCUUCAAUCAGAGUGCCCCCUUUCAGAUGGUGUUUUAGAUAUCCUCACAGAAUUACUCCAGGGCAGAGAUAAUUGGGUCUGUCGGGAUAAAGUCAUACAUACAGCAAAAGCGCUCCUUGGAAAGGGGCUAAACAGGUUUGUCGAGGAGAAGUUACAGACACUAAUCUCCAACGACAUGCUCAUAUUUUACGUGCGCACUCUCCAGGAUACAGCGUGGCCCGGUGGGGAAUUGUCGACAGAGUCCAGGCCCGUCUAUAGUGAGGGGCAGAAGGACAGAAUUAAAGGGCAAGCGACCAGAUGUUUGGCUGCAUUUUUACCUGGUGUCCUAAACACUCUACUUGGCAAAGAAGACUUUGAUCACGCCGUGUCGGAGAUCAUCAGCUCCCUGCAGUAUGAACAGCUGAACAGACAUUUCUGGUACACGGUGCUUGACAUGCUACUGGAGGAACUCUUUCCUGAGGUGACCACCGAACAACUGCAGAGGAAACUGAGCGCUUCUGUAGAGCAUUUCGAAUGAUUGGAAUAGUUAUUUAAAGGCUUAAAAUAAAGGUUGAUGCAUUGUUUUAAAAGUUUAAUACAUUGUCAUGUUUAACUUAUUUGACAUUAAUGAUAAAAUUUGUGAACAAAGAUUAGCGAUAUUUUGGCUCUCCUUUAAACAAAAUUCACAAACCCAUUUAUAGAUGUUUAUUUUUCUUUUUAUCUUAAAUUUUAAACAUGAGAAUGCAUUAAAAUAGAAAAAAGUUUUUUACAUCAACCUUAAAUGUGUUGUUUUUAAGUAUUUUUACCAGAGGUGUUAUACAGAUAUCUUACAUAGGAAUUUAUGUAUAUAUAUCCUACAAAGAAUCUUAAUUUUUUUGUAUUUUUUUAUUUCCGGGUAAAAAUAUUUUUAAAGGUGUUUUAAAUGCUUGAAAUCUAAAGUCAUGAUUCAAUUUAUAAGCUGACUGAUUCAAAUAAGCAAAUCAACACAAUAAAUGGCAUGAUACAUGAUAUACUUGGCUCUGACAGCUGGUCUGGCAAUAUGGAAAAUCCAAUGUUAAAACAUGUUGGAGAUUUGUGUGUGUAUUUCUAAAGUUUAGUCUAUUAUUAUUAAACUAUGAAAGGCGUUGAAGAUUUAUAAGGAAAUACGGAGUAUUAUUUUUUGUUUCUGGGUUAUGUAUACAAACAAGUAUUAUUCAUAAAGUGUCUUUUACUCAAACACUAAACGUUUUACUUAGCAACUAGACAGGGAAUAAUUCAUACAUAAUACAUAUAUUCGAAAUAUAGUCAAAUUAACGAGAUAGUCAAAUUAACGAAAUAAAUGGUAGAUAUGUACUGGGCUCUGAUCUGCUUGUUUGAAGCGAUGAACUAUACUAUUGUAUAUAUGCUUUGAUGGGUCCGGGCUCUAAAGCAUUUCCAGUGAUACAUGGCUUUCCAGCGUUCCUACUUGUACUAUAUUUUCAAACCUUUUAUUAAUGGCCGCAUCUUUUUUCCUUCUUCACAAAACAUCCUAUUAUUAUUUGUUGUUGUAGUUUUCUCUUUUUGCCCAUUGAAUGUUUUCUCUUGGGGCCAAAGUAGCGUGUUUCACAAGUGAACAAUAUGGUCUGAGGUGGCCAAUUGGCUAUACAAUUUUCAACAUCAUUUAACUGACAUAUACAGCAUAAUUUCAUCACAGUUGUAACAAAUAGGUCAAAGACGGAAAAAAGACAUGGUAUAGUACAAAAUGUAAUAUCUUAUUAAAUUGAUAUCAAAAAUACUAAUUUUUCUUUAUACUUCUUGCCAUGAAAAAAACAUCCUUUUCACAAUUGUUGACAUAAGGAAAAGUCUUUUUUCCUACGGUUUUGUAAAACCAACCCUAUUUUUUCCUGCUUUUGUAAGGGACAGUGCUGGAAAACCCGAUGUAUCCCAUCCGGUUUAAUAUGAAAUAUAUUUAGUGAAAUUAUAUUAACAGUAAUGAAAUUGAGCAUGUUGAAUUUUAAGUAUAUAUUGCGUUAUAUAUAUAUGUAAGUUACAGUACCUAGCCUGGUUUAAUACAAUAUAAAUGAAUCUAUAUAUAUAUAUAUAUAUAUAUAUAUUGUUAACGAAGUACAUAUUUAUGUCAAACUCAAAUUAUGACGGGUCAGUUUCUAAAAGCGUUAUGUAUGUAUAACGUAUGUGCGUGUCCUCCUAUUGUAUAUCAUUAUAGUUAGUAUUAUGUUGUCAAUGAGCCUUUUGAUAAAAAAUAUAUUAUGCAUACUAGAAUAUUUAAGACACGACUUAUUGAUGGUUACACUAUCCAAAAAGAGAUACAGUUAAGGAGUUAUUUGUAUCAAGAAAAGUAGCUGACUAAAUGUUCGAUGCUUAUUGGCACCAUAUUUUUGUUAUAAUUAAGAAAGUUUUGUAUUCAGUAUACUUCCGUAAAAAAUAUAUCAAACUAGUUUCAGCCUUAAAAUAUUACUUAAAACGUAAUUUAAUGUCAAACUUCAGUUGAAAAUGAGAGCAAAUUACAGCUUUUUACAGUUUUAUUAUACACUCAGCACACACAAAAUGUGAAAAGAGGUAAAUACAUUUAAUACAAAUUACAUUUGUAAUGUAGAACAAAUUUGAUAUUCAACCAGGCAAAGCUACUUACUGUUAUGACCAUAUGUAUUGUAAGUUUGGUCAUUUAUUGAGCAUACAUGUACUCAGCCAUUGAAAAACUUUUAAAUGAAAUCAAUAGCAAAAGGGCUUACCAGGCAUCGUCAUUAUGAGUAAUGGUGCUACCAGCAACCUAGUUUCAGGAUUGGACUCGUUUAGUUUAGUUUUUUUGUCUAUUAUCUGGUUUGUUGAUUUAAGGGAUAAUCUAUGAGGGAGUCCGUAUUUAUUUAUAUAUAAUAACCAGAUUUUAAGGCAAAUGUUUGGUGCAAUGAAUACUAUACACAGCUAUGACAAACAUGUGUAUAAGAAAAUUAUGAUAUUUUUAUUAAAGAAAAUGUAUAACUUUAUUUUACCUUAUAAGUAAGUUUUGAAUUUAAAGUAGUUACAUGUAUAUGGUGACACUUUUUAGUUCUGGGUUUUAAGAUUGAAGGAAAAUCAAACUUCGAGUGGUAAAAUAAUAAACAGUUAUGAAUUAAUUUUACCAACUACAUUGUAUUACCUCUUAGUGGAUAUGUCAUACAUAUUAAAGUGACACUCUUAUUUAAGAUCAGUACAUGCACAUGUAUAAAAAACAUAAAUUUUGACUGAUAAACCUUUUACCGUGUAUUUAAUAGCAGAAAGCGUAUUUUUUUUAAAUGAUUGGUGAAUGCUAACAGAUUUACUGUGGUUCACUAUAGUCUCGUAAGGUAGAGUGCAUCUAUAAGUAUUUUUUUACAAUCGGAACGCCUCGGCCAUUUUGCAUCGAAAACAACCCCUAAUGUUUGCAUGUACAUUAUUUAAAGUAGUUCGUAAAAUUGAUAAUAAUAAUAUAGAUUAAUUGUUGCAUUUUAACGUGUAAAUUGUAUUGAUAUGAUCAAAUAGAUUCCCAGUGAAGUGUAUUAUUGCAUAGAUAAUACAUAUUCCUAACAGUAAGGUUUAACUGCUUUAUUGAAAUUACUACGCGAUGUGCUUGCAGCGUAGUUAAAUGUAAAGAAUUCCGACAUUGUAAACCAUCCGUUCGAGGUUGUUUAUGAUGGAAAAUGACCAAGUUGUUCCGAUUUGUAAUUUUGAUUGACAAAGGAGGAUUAAAUCAAAAUUAUCGGGAUCAUCUCCAAAUGUCAAUAAUAAUCGGAGAUCAACUCAAAGGUGUAAACAAGUUUCGGGGUCAAUUCAAAAUUAUCAACUAUAACCGCAAUCAAAUCAAAAAUGUCAACAAUUAUCGUGGAUUAUCUCAAAGUUGUCAAUAAUAAUCAGAGAUCAACUCAAAGGUGUUUACACUAUUCGGGAUCAACUCAAAAUUGUCAACAAAUUUCGGGGAUCAACUCAAAGUUGUCAUAUAUCAUCGGGAUCACAUCAAAGUUGUCAUAUUUUAUCGGGGAUCGGCACAAAGUUGUCAACUAAUACUGGGCAAUAUCUACUUAAUCUUUGGUGUUAUAUAUGUUUGUUUAUUUGCCAGUAGACUCUUAACAAAGUAACAUGUAUGUUGUUUCGCUUUCUCUGUAGAUACAUAUCAAUAGUAAAGUGUCCUUUUUAGAUUCACUUAAAGCAAUUUUGCGUUUAUUGUUUUUUAUAGAUAGUUUUGAAAACUGCAUUAUUAUCUUUGUUUAGAUUCAAAACACUUUAGACACAAUGUAUUCUUCACAUGUGUAUGUUGUUUUUACAAGUAUGCUUAUUUUUCGUUGUAAUUGCUAUUAGACGAAUUCAUUGUACUGUGUGGUCAGUAGAAAUCAUUUGAAGUAUUUUAAUCUUAUUUUGUCAUAGCGUUCCUAAUACAAUAUAUGUUUCUUAUAUGCGUUUGUAGGAAGAGUUAUGUUAUAUAACGUCAAACAUCUUUAUCCUUUCGCAGUUUAGUAUUUUGUACAUGAACAUAAUAUUCCCCAUAACACGCCCCAAUUUCAAGAAAAAUGAUAGUCACAAUGACUUUUCCUUGAACUGUCUCAAAACUCUUCAAAUCGAGAAUAUUACUAUAGUAUACAAACACAAAAAUAGCGUACUAAUCUUGAUCUUAUUGUAAGACACUGGGAGUUCGACCCCUGUUGUGACACAAUUUAAAGGAGGGAUGCAUAGCAGGUGAUGAACUUGCCAAACAUCCCUCAAAAUAUGCUGUUUAGAGAGAAAAUGGGGCCAGCACUUCAAAUUAAUGCUUUGUUUUAUUUAUAUAAUAUUAAAGUAUGUAUAUUCUGUAUUCUAUAGACUCUAGAGAGUUGUUAAACAUUCCACUGAUAUGUCUUCAUUGCAGGUGCAAUAUUUGUCUCAUUAGUGUCUUUAUGUAUGUAUUUAUUAUGCAUGUUUGCUAUAUGACUUUCAAAUUGUUUUAUCUUAAUCAUUUCAAGACAAUACUCAUAUUUUACAAGGUCAUCUGGGGCCUGUUAUGAUAAAGACCUUAGUCCUAAAGUGAAAUUAUCUUAGUGAAUUAUUUUCAUAAUAUGGCAAACCUUGAGUAUAAAAUGAUUUUUAACCAUAUUUAAUGUAUUGUAAUUUACCUUUGAUCAUUUAUUGUACAUAUAUGGAAUCAGCCUUUGAAUACCUUUAUUCAUAUUUUUCAUUAUUUGGCAAAACUUGAGUAUGAAAUGAUUUUAACCAUACUUUAUUUAUUGUAUUUUCAAAGAUUUCGAGUUGAAAAGACAGUAGACACAAUAUAAUAAUUUAGUGCCAUCUGUGAUGUCACUACAAAUUUAAGAUUUAAGUUACGACUAAUAUCCUUUAUUGAAAUGGGCCCCUGUUUUUAAUGGAAUCUGUCUUAGUAUUUCAUCGGUCUUUAGGUUGUCUCCGAGGCGCUGUGCAAACUGUUUGGCCACUGAGCUUUGUCACCCGUAAUUUCUAUUUUGUCUCUAAAGGUUGGCUAUAACUCUGCUGAGGAUCUGUUCAAAAUAUAUUACAAUUCCCAUGAGCAUUAGAACUCAUAUCAUCAACUACAGAACGCGUAUUUAUGAUAGUAAUAUUUUAUGGGGAAAAUGUCUGAUUUACAAUUAUAUGUAACUUGAACAAAACAUAUUUCAUCAACAAUGCAUCUUUAUCAGUAAAAUGUCUCAUAGACAAAGUGACAUAAGUCGAUUAUGCUGUCUUAGGACAACUUGUUAGUUUAUGUGCUGUGUCAUGUGUAAAUUCGCUUUUACUUAUUUGUUAAUAAGUUUACUACUUACCUGAUUGUUAUAAUUAACGAAAAACUCAUGUAUUUAAAGAUAUCAUUCAUUAUUUUUCUUUUAAGUUUUUAAGAUUUGAUUACACUAUAAGACAUAUGUUUGUUCUUCAGUUUAUUUUAAUCGUAGAAAAGGCUUCCAUUUGUUUAGAAAAAUUCUAUAGGUAUGUGUACUUGUAGGAAUUGUUAGCAUUGCAGGAAUGGUAACAUUUCAGGAAUUGUUAGAUAGCAGAACUUUUAGCAUUGCAAGUUUUUUGCAUUGCAUGAACUGUAGCUACGGUAAUUAUAGCAUUACAGGAAUUUUAGCAUUGUGGAAAUUGUAGCAUUUCAUGAGUUGUUUAGUUUCAGGAAUUAGAACUUUAGGCUACUAUAAAUUAAUUGCUAUAUUUCCAUUACCGCCCACCCUCUGUUAUUUUACGCUGCUCCUUCAAUUUAAUUGACCCAAAUAAAACUAAGGUUUGUAUUUGCUGCUCGGUCCGGUACUGGCAAGGGGCGGCGUUAUUUGCAUACCUACGGCGUCAAUGUUUAACAUUCACAUAUGAAAAAGAGAAUUGUUACGAUUGUGUUUGCGCUUCGUCUAGAAACACAGGUACAUGGUCCCUUAUAAAAUAAGAAAGAGCAUGAACACAUAUAUUCAAUGGUCACACACUCAUCUAAAAAGAUGUCACACCCUGCCCAAUUAUAAAAAAAUGGAUGAACAUAUGGCAAUUGUUUUAUAUAAGCCUUAAACAUGGUAGCAGUAAAUCGGACUCAUUUUUAAUAUGCAUCAUAAGUAAUAUAUCUUGGAGUAUUUGUGCUAAGUAGCUUCAUUCUGAUUGAAUUGAACCACUCAUGUGAACGUUCAUCAUUUCCCGGUGAAGCAUAUGGGUGUGCAAAUUACGAAUAAAUAUGCAUGCGUACUACUUUUUAUGACGUCAUGGUACAGAAUUCUUUACAUAAAAAGACAUGUCCAAAGUCAAGUUGUAUGAACACAUUUCGGAAUUCUGUGUAUAAAAACAUCAUUUUUUUUUGGAUGAAGCAUUUUUAUUUUUAUUUUAUCAUUGAAUACAAGAAUAAAGGCUUGUUGAAUUUCUAUGCCUGCCUGGUAGCUUCCUGUAAAGGAGAAAUUUGUGUAAAAUUGUUUUCAGAUACACAGAAAUUCUGCAUUUCCCUUCCAUGAACAGCAUAAAAAUAGAACAAAUUAAAAACGAAAUACGAUAAUGGCCCUUGAAAAAAUGAAUAAACGUUUUAGAUAUUUGAACAUUUCAUUGACGUAUAUACUUUCCGAUUUCUUUACAUGUAACUAUGAUAACAUAACGUGUCAAGUUUUGUGAUUAAGUUAAGAAUAUUGAAGUUCGAUCAUUAACUACAUUGGCAUUAUUCAGAUCAAUCAUAACACAGUAGCAUUGUGCUACGGGAAACCCAUUCAUAAUAAAUAUGUGAUUGUUUAAUGCAUGGUGACUACACCAUCAUUUGGCAUUAUUUGAUAGGUUUAUAUAUUGUAAUUACAUUAUCUAUAGUGUAUUAUCGGUUAUUUAUAUUAAAAAUCAGUAAUAAGCUAGUGAUACCAUUUACAAAACGAUACAAACUUGUUUGGGGUGACCAGGCAUCAAAAUCUAACACAAUGGCUUAUUUUUGUAGGAAUAACAUUGACACGCUUGAUUCACGGUAAAUGUUACAUGUAGCUUGUUUUACACUUGUGAUAUUAUUCUGUGGGUAUACGUCCUUAACGUGGUUAAUGGAAAUAAAG